GGAGGCUGGCCUAGCGGCGGGGCUGAGGCCAGGAGACCGUGGGGGGCCCAGCGGCGCGGCGGGGGCCGGAAACGGACGGGCCGCCCCGCGUGCCUUGUCUCUUUGAGGCCUUGGCGUGGACGCACUUUGGAUUCCCCGACUCGGGGUUUCUCCGGGGAGUGGGCGGGCUGGUGGGUGCGAGUGAGGGAGACGAAGGGACUUCCGUUUCCUUCCAGGCUGGGGCCUGACCGCCGAGAGGGGUUGGCAUUUCCAUAUUGGGGCUCGGGCCGCCCCUCCUCCAGGACCCUCCCCUCAGCACUGCUCCGGGCGCCGCGGGCGAUCCAGGCCGGCUCUCCUGGCGCGAAAAGGUGGACAAGUCCUAUUUUCAAGAGAAGAUGACUUUUAACAGUUUUGAAGGAUCUAAAACUUGUGUACCUGCAGACAUCAGUAAGGAUGAAGAAUUUGUAGAAGAGUUUAAUAGAUUAAAAACUUUUGCUAAUUUUCCAAGUAGUAGUCCUGUUUCAGCAUCAACACUAGCACGAGCUGGUUUUCUAUACACUGGUGAAGGAGACACCGUGCGGUGCUUUAGUUGUCAUGCAGCAGUAGAUAGAUGGCAGUAUGGAGACUCAGCAGUUGGAAGACACAGGAAAGUAUCCCCAAAUUGCAGAUUUAUCAAUGGCUUUUAUUUCGAAAAUAAUGCUGCACAGCCUACAAAUCCUGAUGUCCAAAAUGGUCAGUACAAAGCUGAAAACUAUCUGGGAAACAGAAAUCAUUUUGUUUUAGAAAGGCCAUCUGAGACUCAUGCAGACUAUCUUUUGAGAACUGGACAGGUUGUAGAUUUAUCAGACACCAUAUACCCAAGGAACCCUGCCAUGUGUAGUGAAGAAGCUAGAUUAAAGUCAUUUCAGAACUGGCCAGACUAUGCCCACUUAACCCCAAGAGAGUUAGCUAGUGCUGGACUCUACUACACGGGUAUUGAUGAUCAAGUACAAUGCUUUUGUUGUGGCGGGAAACUGAAAAAUUGGGAACCUUGUGAUCGUGCAUGGUCAGAACACAGGCGACACUUUCCUAAUUGCUUCUUUGUAUUGGGCCGGAAUUUUAAUAUUCAAAGUGAAUCUGAUGUCGUGAGUUCUGAUAGGAAUUUCCCAAAUUCAACAAAUCCUCCAAGAAAUCCAGCCAUGGCAGAUUACGAAGCACGGAUCAUUACAUUUGGGACGUGGAUAUACUCAGUUAACAAGGAGCAGCUUGCAAGAGCUGGAUUUUAUGCUUUAGGUGAAGGUGAUAAAGUAAAGUGCUUUCACUGUGGAGGAGGGCUAACUGAUUGGAAGCCCAGUGAAGACCCUUGGGAACAACAUGCUAGGUGGUAUCCAGGGUGUAGAUAUCUGUUAGAAGAGAAGGGACAAGAAUACAUAAACAAUAUUCAUUUAACCCAUUCAGUUGAGGAGUCUCUGACGAGAACUGCUGAAAAAACACCAUCAUUAACUAAAAGAAUUGAUGAUACCAUAUUCCAAAAUCCUAUGGUACAAGAAGCUAUACGAAUGGGAUUCAGUUUCAAGGACAUUAAGAAAAUAAUGGAGGAAAAAAUUCAGACAUCUGGGAGCAACUAUAAAUCACUUGAGGUUCUGGUUGCAGAUCUAGUGAGUGCUCAGAAAGACAAUACACAAGAUGAAUCAGGUCAGACUUCAUUACAGAAAGAGAUUAGUACUGAAGAGCAGCUAAGGCUCCUGCAAGAGGAGAAGCUUUGCAAAAUCUGUAUGGAUAGAAAUAUUGCUGUAGUUUUUAUUCCUUGUGGACAUCUGGUCACUUGUAAACAGUGUGCUGAAGCAGUGGACAAAUGUCCCAUGUGCUACACAGUCAUUACUUUCAAGCAAAAAAUUUUUAUGUCUUAAUCUAACUACAGUAGGCGUGUUAUAUUCUUAUUACCCUGAUUGAAUGUGUGAUGUGAACCAACUUUAAGAAAUCAACAUUGACUUCCAUUAGCAUUUGCUACCAAGUAGGAAAAAAAUGUAAACUGUGAUGUUAUAGUUAGCAAUCUAAAAUUUGAAUUUCUGGAUUUUUCAGGAUUUUAGCUGUAUUAUCUGUCCUAUUUUUUCACUGUUAUUUAAUUGAAACCCUAGACUAAGAAGCAUCAUAUUAUUAUAACUGAUCACAAUGUGUAUUUGUAGUAUACUGACUUAGAUUUCUAAAUGUAAGUGAAUUAAUCAACUGACUUUUUCAUCCUUUUUAGAUAGGCUUAACAAAUGGAGCCUUCUUUGUAAACGUACAGAUUAGAGUUAAUCUCCCCAAUCACAUAAUUUGUUUUGUGUGAAAAAGGAAUGAACUAUUCUACACUGGUAGAAAGAUAGAGAUUAUUUUUAGAUGUUUGUGUUUUAGGAUUUUGUCCAUUUUCUUUUAAAAUUAUACACAUGUACUUGGGUGGAUGAUUUUUAAAAAUGGUUUUGCCAUUGUUAAAAGGGUAUUUAAUGAUUGAAUACCAUCUAGCCUACAUGUACUGACAUGGAAAGAUGUCAAAGGUAUAUUAAGUGUAAAAUCAAGUGGCAAAACACUGUAUAGAAUGAGCCAAGUGAGGUGUGUGUGUUUUAUAUACGUAUAGAACAGAAGAUUUGGAAAGACAGGCACCAAACUGUUAAAUGUGGUUUCUUUGGGGGGGGGAUGGGUCCCAGAGGGGCUUUACAGGGAGGGACCUUUCACUUUUUUUAUUUUGUUCUGUUUGAAUUUUUUAUAAGUCUGUAUUACUUUUGUAAUCAGAAUUUUUAGAAAGUAUUUUACUGAUUUAAAGGCUUAGGCAUGUUCAAACGCCUGCAAAACUACUUACUGCUCAGCAUCAGUUUUUCUAAUCCAAGAAGGCAGGGCAGUUAACCUUUUUGGUGCCAAUGUGAAAUUUAAAUGUUUAUAUGUUUUUCCUGCUUUGUGGAUGAAAAAUAUUUCUGAGUGGUAGUUUUCUGACAGGUAGACCAUGUCUUCUUCUCUUGUUUCAAAAUAAAUAUUCCUGAUUUUGUAAAAUGAAAUAUAAAAUAUGUCUCAGAUCUUCCAAUUAAUUAGUAAGGAUUCAUCCUUAAUCCUUGCUAGUUUAAGCCUGCCUAAGUCACUUUACUAAAAGAUCUUCGUUAACCCAGUAUUUUAAACAUCUGUCAGCUUAUGUAGGUAAAAGUAGAAGCAUGUUUGUACACUGCUCGUAGUUAUAGUGACAGCUUUCCAUGUUGAGAUUCUCAUAUCAUCUUGUAUCUUAAAGUUUCAUGUGCGUUUUUACCUUUAGGAUGAUUAAGAUGUAUAUAGGACAAAAUGUCAAGUCUUUACCUAAGUUUUUUGUUUUCUUGUCUAGUAAUAGUAGUAGAUACUUCUGAAAUAAAUGUUCUCUCAAGAUACUUAAAAACCUCUUGGAAAUUAUAAAAUAUUGACAUGAAAAGAAGAAUAGUUGUUUGAAUAUUAAAGAGAAAAUAAAACUUGAAUAAGAACCAGUAUAUAUUAAAAAAGAAAAUGAAAGUUUAAAAAUGCUUCAUAGAACACCCAGGCAGAGAUUCUCACAACAACCUGUUGUAGAGGUGAGUGAGGCAUUUUACUGUAGAGAAAAGUUUGAGAGUGGAACUGUUAAAAGUUAUAUUUUUGUUGUAUUUUCUAAGAGAAAGAGUAUUAUGGUCUCUUAACCUCUGUUGAUUACUACUUUGAUAUUCAUUUAAAGCACUGCAAAUUUAAAUGAGAAUUUUUAAAAUCAAAUAAUGACUGCCCUGUUUUUGUUUUACUAUGUAAAUCCUCAGUUCUUUACCUUUGCACUUUCUUCUACUUAGGUUUAGUUAUAUAUUCAUUAAGUUAAAUUUUACAUGUAUAGUCUAAGCUUUAAAUUUAAACUUAAAUUACAAGGGGAGAAAAGUGUUAAAGUUUUAAAAAUGUGUUUUCCAGGACAUGUCAGCUCCAAGUCAGGUAGUUAGUUCAAUCUAGUUGUUGGCCAAGGACUGAAUUGUUUUAACAUAAGGCUUUUCCAGUUCUGGAAGCCUCAGUUCAUUAAAACUCUUUUAAAACUUGUAUGUUUAGAGUUAAGCAAGACCUUUUUUCUCCCCAUGAGUUGUGAAAUUUAAUGCAUGAAGCUGAUGUGGCUAACAAGUUUAUUUUAAGAAUUGUUUAGAAAUGCUGUUGCUUCAGGUUCUUAAAUCACUCAGCACUCCAACUUCUAAUCAAAUUUUUAAAGACUUACCAGUGUUUGUCUGUGUUUGCACUAUGAAAAGCCCUGGAUCCUUCCCAUCUAAUUGUGCAAAGAAUGAUCACUUGCAAGGUCAAAAAUAUAGCCAGAUCCAAAUCUCUGCCUCCCCUUCCCAAAAUAGUUCUCAGUAUCUACAUGUAGACAUUCCUUUUCUGUAUAAAGUUCACUCUAAGAUUUCAAAAGGCACCACCUAUUUUACUACAUUUUAGUCAUGCGAAGAGUCAAGUUGUUUUGUAAUAAAUAAUUAUCUUUAUUCGUAAUAAUCUGGUGUGCUGAUCAAAAGCCUUGUCUUAAUUUUUGAGAAAUGGGUUUAGUGUUUAUAAAAUAAAUUCCAGUUUAUUAAUUAGUAGCUUUGUAUUGCCUUUCCUACUAGAUUUUUUGUUUGUUUUUAUUUUUUUUUCCCUUUGGUUUGGGGCUAAGAUGGGGUAGGAUGGGUGUAGUGAAUGUAUACGAUGUGAUUUGGCCCUGUGUAUUAUGAUCUUUUGUUGUUAUAUUAUUUAAAUGUUGGUAGUUUUUUUCCUGUUUUCAUUUUAGUGGAUAAAAUUGGUAUUUUGAACUCUGAAUGGAGACUACCACCACAGCAUUAGUUCCACAUAUCGUACCCUUUAGACCAAAAUCAUUGUUUUAUUUCCUGCUCACCCAGUUGUUGAAUAUGGGGAAAAGGGGUGGAGGGGUGGGAGAAGUAGGAUAGGUUGUGUAUCAUUUCCAUUAGAAAAAUAAGAAAACAGGAGGGAAAAUUUGACAAACAUGGUUAUUUUUAGCCAAAUCUGCUUUAAAAAAGAAACAAAGAGGUAACCAUUUCUUCAUCUGUGAAAUGAGAAUAGUACAUGUCUUACAAAGUUAUGAGUUCAAGGAGGCCAUAUGUGUAAAAUACCUGUUAUAAAUGUUAAUUCCCUACCUAACACUCUUUUACCUUCCGUGGAUAUGCCUUGACUCUGGAAAUAUGGGCUAAAACUUAGGUGAUAACUCUUUCAGUGACUGUUACUCAUCUUUUCUGUUGUUUGUCAUAGUCAAGAUGCAAAUUACAAUGAACAAGUAGGUCAAGUCCUUAAAAAUCUUUAAAUUCCUGUUUUAAUAACUUGAAAAAAAUAUUCUUACCAAAUUUAGUUGAGCUUUCCUAAUAGAAACAGUUGGCUUAUUCCCACUUUGAUAAUCAGUUUCAGUUUGACUCUUGUACACUUAGCACAACGUGAAUUUCAUUUGCAGCAUAAUAGAAUCAUAGGGUGUCAGAGCUAGAAGAGACCUUAGAGAGUAUCUAAAUUCAUCCCUCUUGUUUUACAGAUAAGGCAACUGAGGCUGAAAGGUGAAAUGAUUUGUUCAAAGCUAUAUAGCUAAUUAGUGAUAGCCCAGACUGGGACAUAGUUUGAAGGUGAAAAACUUCAAGCUACCUCUCCAGGGAGGUCUCAAAUGUUUAUUUUUUCUUGUAUACCAUAACCUUCACUGCAUAUUAAAUGAUACUUUAUAACUAAUACAAUAGGACAAUCUUAAAUACAUAUAGCUUCAAAUUGUACAAUACUGCAUUAAUGUUUGGGCGGUAAGAUUCUAUUUUGAAGUCUAAAGUUUGCAGAAAUGCAUAUAGAUUUUUUGGCAUUUAUUACAUUCUUGUGUAUCAUUGAUGCAACAUUUAAAAUUACUAUAUAUUUUGUCAUUCUGUCUAUACUUAGCAACAAAUUUGCAUUUUUUAUUUGAUGUAACAAAGGCUUUAAUGUAAUUUUUGUUAGAAGAGUUUGCAUUUUUUUCAUUACUGUUAUACUUUAUCUAACCUGACAACAUGACUGAUUCUUAUGUCAUUGUAUUAGUGUUGUGAAUAAUCAUGUGAAAUGUGUGUGAGAGAGUACUAUAUUUGUGAAUAUAAUUUUAUGGCUGUUUUCAUUUAGUAGAAACCUUUCCAUCAGUAUGGAAAACUAAGAAAAUUGCUUUCUACUGUAAAAUCUGGCAGUCAUCAUAGAUUAAAGCUUAUUUUUCUGUGAAUAAAACUUAUUCAAUAAAGCCGUAUUCUUUAAAAUGA